CUGGAGUUCACGCCCCUCUCAACCGAAUCCAUUAGCAGCAAGACACCCGCCGGCCUUCGUCUCAAAUCUCAUCCUUAACCUCACCUGUAUUUCAUCCAACUCCGAUCUAGUAUCUUCUUACUACCAUGGCUCCGUCUAAGUGGGAAGACGAAUCUGAAGAAUCCUCCGAUGAGGAGUCUAUAGACGUCCCUGUUGCCCGGCGCAAGUUCGCAGACGAAGAAGACUCCGACGAUAUCGCGGAUAAUUGGGAAGAAGAAGAAGACUCUGAAGUCGAAAGAGAAAAGGCGGCCAAAGCUGCCGCAGCCAAAGCCAAGGCAGACGCUGAAGCCGCGGCAAACAAGAAGUCGAAGGCUCAGCGGAUAGAGGAACAUCGAGAAUCAAACAGACUAAAACGUGUUGAAGGAGAGGAAGAGGAGAGUUCAGACGAAGACGAGGCAACCAAACGCGCACGUCUACGACAAACAGAACAAGAUGCCGACCUCAAGCAUGCACAAGAUCUUUUCGCCGAUGUCGGAAUGGGUCCCAAGUCUCGCUCAGCUCCUAACAAGGCACUUAUAAUAGAAGACAAGGCGAACCCCGGGCAGACCAUCGAUCUAUCAACACUGACAAUAUUCAAGCCGGCGACUAAAGGGCAGUUCGACGCUCUUUCGGCUACCUUGGUGCCUUUGUUCACACAGUCAUCCUCCAAGCCCCAUUAUCCUCUCUGGGUGGCCAAUUUUGUCAAGCAAAUCUGCGCAGAUAUGCCAAGUUCUGAGAUCAAGAAAGCAGCAAGUGCCUUGACUGCAUUGAGUAAUGAGAAGAUGAAAGAGGAGAAGGCGCAGGAGAAGGGUGGCAAGAAGAGCAAGGCUGCCAAGACAAAGUCGAGUCUUGCUGCUACCCGAGACAUGGGUAGAGGCCUUGCAGAUACCACGAGUUAUGACGACGGCCUUGAGGAAGACGAUUUCAUGUGAUGCGAGAUCCUGUUACGCUCUUGAUCUUUGUUAAUUCCGUCCGGGCCAUUACACAAGCACGCUUUCUUGAUACGACCAUAGCAUUUAAGAUAGACGAUUCGAUUUUUGCAGACAAUCGAGGAUCCAAUUUCGUUCGA